AUGACGGUUCCCUUUUCGGGACCCAUUAGAAGGCCAGUAGAAAAAAGAAACAAUCAAGGACGUGUCGUCCAAGGAUGGACAACGUUGUACGCCAACGACACGGCGAAUGUCCUAUCCGCCGCUGAUCUGCAUCCAUCGUAUCGUAGUGCACUGGUGUCUUCAUCCUUAGAGACACUCUAUGCGAGCCGUGUUCCUACAACAGCCACACAUGGCAAUCCUCCCUUGAUUGCUUCUAACAGGUUUGCCGCCUGCCAUCAGACUCCCACAGCAAUGCAGCGGAAGCGUCAUGGAUCAUCUGAUGGAUUGCGGACAGCUAAUGGCGAAGCAGGUUGGCGAUGA